GGUCACUUGAGAAGUGCGUGAGAAUUUGUGAGGAAGUUUUAUCACCGCGUCUAUUUUCUUAUAUCAGUUAGAAACCUGCUUAAGGCAACCAGCUUAAAACAUUUGUCUUCACGGGAGACGCUUUGCUCACACCCACGCAAGUUGCUGUUACAGCUACCUCAUUAUUAACUUGUUUUCAUGACGUUUCUGAUGCUUACAUGUAUCACAACUGAUUAUAACUUAAGUGUUAUUAGAUCGGUCUACUAAUAGUAAUAACGGAAAGUGUGCGAAGUAGUAAUAAUACACCUCAAUUAAAAACAUUCCAGGAUAAUUACCUAUGAUUAAAAGUAUGAAAUGUUUAUAUACUUUCGUUUUAUUUGGGAUCUACAUCUAUCUAUGCAUCUUGGACGAAAGUCAAGGUAAGUUGAAGUUUGUUCUGUCAUUACGAACACCACGGGUUUACUACGAAGCGCCACCUGGUGUGCAUGUGACAACUCUUAAUGCAUACGACUCCGAAGUGCCACAAAAUCCGGUUACAUUUAACAUGUUGGAAGUGCGAGAUUACUCAUUCUUUCACUUGGACCAGGCAUCGGGCAAUCUUACAACAACACGAAAUAUUGACAGAACUAUUGGACAGAUGUAUCAUGUUAUGAUUGCUGCUGUCAGUCAAGGAGAAGCUGAGGUAAUCCAUAUUCGCAUUUCAGUCACAGAGUUUAACAGAUUUCCACCAGAAUUUGAAAAGGAGCUUUAUCAUGAAGAGCUGCACGUGAAUAACUCAGCAAAUACAUCUGUGUUGCGAGUUCAUGCCCAUGAUGCUGAUCUUGUAGCUUAUAAUUCUGAAAUUUAUUAUUAUCUUGGAAAAGAAGCACCAGAUAAAAUAUUUGAACUUGACCCAAACACGGGCCAGUUGACUUUAAUGGGAGAUUUAAACCGAUCACAACAUUGUCUGGCGUUUGAUGUGAUUGCUGAAGACGGUGGCUCCCCCUUAAGACAAGCAAGAACACGUGUUGAAAUAACGAUCAAGACAAUUUCAGAACCUUUGGACAUUCACACACUAAACGCCACGGAUUCUUUGGUUUAUGUUUGCUGGAGCCGACCCGAGUUUGGAGAUGUGACAGGAUAUAUCAUUAAGUACCGUAAAGUUGGUGGUGAGGAAAGUGGUGCCACAAUAGUAAACACAACUACCAGUGCGGCUGCCAAAUGCAUCACACUGAAAGACUUGACACCCUGGACAUACUACGAAUUCAGGCUUUAUGGCUGGAAUACAAAUGAAACUGGUAUGAGAAGCAACGUAAACCGGUUUUCAACAAGACGUGCUUAUUGUUCGUUGAAUGUAUGUCAAAAUGGAGAGUGCCACGUGACCACUGAUGACCCAGGUUACAGAUGUGAAUGUGCUGAUGGCUACUAUGGAGACAUUUGUGACCAAUUUGACCAAUGUUCUUUGAAACCUUGUGAGAACCUCGGAGUUUGUAGACGUACUUCCAAUAAAAGUUACAACUGUGAAUGUCCUAUCGGAUUUUCUGGCCAGAACUGUACAAUAUUCAACCCUUGCGCUAUACAGCCAUGUGAAAAUGGAGCGACCUGCGAGAGUUCCGUUAGCCAUACUUACACAUGUCGUUGUGCUCAGGGAUUCUACGGCAAGACUUGUCAGAACUUUGACGCAUGCAUUUCUGGACCUUGCCGUAAUGGAGGAACUUGUCACAAUACUUCUUCUAACGGCUUCUCUUGUGAAUGUGCUGUAGGCUAUGAAGGUGAACAGUGUGAGAUUCACAUCAACGAAUGUAAAUCUAAUCCUUGUCUUAAUGGAGCUAGAUGUGAAGACAAAGUUUACUCUUUCACUUGUCUUUGUACCCCUGGAUAUCAUGGAAACCUUUGUGAAGAUGCGGUUCAGUGUCCACCCUCAACAGAAAGAACAGCGCAAGGAGCAUUUUAUUGGAAUACAACUGAUCAUGGUACCUAUUCAGUGCAGGAUUGUCCAUAUGGUAUGUCUGACUCCAGAAAGGAAGGAUUUGUCCGAAGAUACUGUCAUUUGUUGAGCAAUGGCUUGGUUAAAUGGGAAGCUACCUACGUGAAGAAUUGUAGAGGAAAAGAUUUUUAUGUCGCGGAACAACUCACAGAGGAAUUGAUGUCUUUCACGGAGGAUCCGACCAGAAUCAACUGUGAGAAAUUACAGGAAGCAACCAAACAAAUCGAGAAAAUUGUAGACUAUGCUUUAUACGAUAAAAAGAUUGCCCAAAGAAUGUUUUCAGUCAUAAGUAACAUGCUAGCUGUAAACGACAGUGUCCUGGCCGAAGCAGACGACAGUGAAAACACCACGAGCAGGUUACUUGAAGUGGUGGAUAAGUAUACGGCCCAAGUUAAACUUGAACAAGGACAAAGCGUAGUUCUUAAUACGCACAAUAUUGCACUGAAAGCUUUAUCCUGGGGCCAUGAACUUUACUUUAACGCUGAAGAGUUUUUGACUUUCUCACCAAACUACCAAAACUAUGAAGUAAAACAAAAGACUGUAUCUAAAAUUACAAAUAACAUUACUACUCAGAGUAAUGAAAGGAAAGAAUGCGAUGGUGCGAUUAACUCCAAGGUGAAGGAUAGGGAAAUUAACAUCAAAGGAAUAACCAUUAACUGA